CGCCUCCCUCGUCUAUAAAAGGAGCUGCCCACUUUCUUUGCGCGAGUCAGCCUUGCAGAGAAAGUCGAGCGUAGUUUCCUCUUGUGCGCGCGGGUUACCAGCGCCGCUCAUUUUCCUACCCCCUUCCUUGUCCAAGCGGGCGCUUUCCCCUCGGUGCAAAUCGUCUGGUGGUGGCCGCUCUUCCUUAGCGAGGCCAGCCCGUUCCUCCUUUCCGGCUCUGCCCCCCUGUGCUCAGAUACAAAGGACGUUGGGUCAGCCUCUUUGUUAAGACUUCAUGUCUGUAUUUUUCCCCAUUCACUGGUGAGUACCUCGGUUGCUUGUCUUUGCUACUGUACUCGUGGGUCGCAAAUGUAGAUUACGAGAUCCGGGUUGCAGGCUGGAGAGGGGGGGAUAAACUUUUUCCAGGAAGGGUCGAGAAACUCAACUAGUCAGACUUGGGAACUUGAGGAGAGAAGCAAGUUCAAGGUUGCGCAGGGGAUCGGCGAGGAACAAAAGGAGACGCUCGGUGGAAGAGGCUUCGGGGAAGCUUAGAUCAAGAUCCUGGCCAGAAACGUGGAGACUUGGAAAAAGGCAGCCUGGGUCUUAAUUCUGCUACCCACCCGCCCGCCCCGCAUUCAAAAAAGCAAAGCCCCCUGCAGCCCGACUAUGUGCACGCUUUACACGGAAGCAAGUCCCGCCAAGUUGCACGGAGCUUUCGCCCGAGUAAACGCGCGGGGGAUUGCAGCCUGCUGUUGCUCGGCGGUGCAGCUACGCCGUUUUGAAUGCGAAGCCUCUUUAGCAGUCGGUGCACGCUCUGCUGCUGAGGGCGGGGGGGAGAGAGAGGGCGCCGGUUAAGCGGUUAUUCAUUCGGCGUUUGUCCUCCAUUUCACCCCGCCGGGCGAAGCGGCUCGGCGGAGCUGGGGUUGCUGCAACAGGAGGCGGCGGCGGUAGUUUGCACGGCGAGGCGGCAGCCGCCGCCGCUGCUCUUCGCUUGAGCAUCUUGAAUGGGCGCUGCUCGCUCGCUUAGAGCGCUUGUUCUGCAGCCAGGGCUUUGCAGACGCUGCACCCCGAGCAACGGAUUUUAGAGGGGCAUUUGGGGGGCGGGGGCUCAGUAAUGACGGCUAAAUAGCGACUGUCUGUGUUUGAAAAGUCGCUUGUCAGCUUUGAUGUUCGAUCUGCAAAGACAACACCCCCCCCCCGGCCCCAAACAAAAUAUCACCCGAGAGAGUGGAGGGGCGCAGUCCUGCAACCCGGAGGGGAAACUUAAUCGCGUGAGGAAGUUUGCUGCUGGGCAGCUGCCUCUCUGCAAGCCUGCAACAAAGGCAGUAGUGAUCCGAGCAGCCGGCUGCUGACCAGGGGCGGGGGGUAGUCGCCGCAGCAGCCGCUCUUGGCUUGGCAAGUAACCCACACACCCCUCCGAAUGGGUGCAGGAUUACGGGGAAACAGAUUUUGCCAGGGGCUAAUAUCUAAAGGUGGUGUAAGGACGGUAGUCAAAUCGGAAGCCUUGACCCUUAAUCCCAGAUGUGUUGAGCUGGCUGUGUUUAGUAGUGCUGGAAGGUCACUCUACAUAUGUCCAGAAGCUCUCUGUCAAUUGUUAUUCAUUGUCUUAGGGACCUGAGCUUGGAAAAUGGUUCCCGGGCAGAACUGUGGCUCUGAAGAACUCCUGGAAUUUUUGCUUGAGGCUGUGAUGAUGGGGUUGCAUUCAAAUGAUGCCUUGAGGUGGUGCAUUUUAGCCUGCCUGAAUCUACCCUUACGUAUUUGUGUCUUUCCGCUGUAUUCUCUACAGCCUUGUAACUGCUAGGAAAGGCGUGAGCUGCCCAGAGAAGUUGUGUAACCAUCUUCCUUGGGCUGCUUUCAGAGAAAGGCUGGUCAGGCAUCUGUGAGGCAGCCUUCAGGGAAUUGUGCUUUUCUGGCACAGAGAUGGGCUUGAAAACUAGAUGGCAAUUCAGAAUUGGAUUCUGUGGCCUCGCAAACACAUACACCACACACAAAUAUGAAAACACUGGAUGCCUCUCAUGAUGAAUACCAAAAGCAGUAUGAAUAUCCCUUGGCACAAGGGAUGCUCUACCUGUGGUAAAUUCCUGAGUGGUUUUAAUAGAACUGGCAGGGAUGAAGCAAGUGAGUUGUUGGUUUUUUUGCAAAGGUUGCACAGCUUUCUGAAGAGCAAAUGAGGGGAGAAUGGCACUAAAGCAAACUUCUCUCUAGACCUGCAAGUUGUGUGGAGAUGUUUGGCAAGUAGUGUGCUUUCCUUCCUAGUGUAUAUUUGUCUGGAAACCAUGCUCUUGCUUGGUGGGGUGCUUCUGAUGCUUAAUAGUCAGUUAUACUUGCCAGAUAGCACAGUUUGGGUUGUACACCAUCCAGCUGUUAGCCGGUGGGGCAAGCAAACUGCUGACCAGCAUGCAGCUACCCAGCAAGCUAAUUUCCUGCUAAGCCUCAGCUUUUCUCUUCUCCCCAGCUUGAAAUUGAAAAAAGGAGGUAGCUGUUUACUUGACCUCAGCUGGUUGCUGUUACUUUUAUAUUCAAGUUUUCUAUAGAGUUCGGCAGGCUACAACCCACUCCUUGGCUUUAGUAACCUUCGAAUAACUCUAGCAGGGAAUUCCUAAGCAGCUGGUUGUCUCUUACUUAAAGCAUUUUACAGAGCAAAGUCCAGUUUCACUUCCUUUUUCUAGAAGCACUGUAAAGAGAUAGUCCAUAGACCCCAAUAUAGAGGGCAGGAGGGCCACAGCAAGGUGGGUAAAUGAACAGAUUAGUUUCCUCCCUGUUUGUCUAGUCCUGGAGAUAGAGUUGAGCUGAUCUUGAUGUAGCUCUCACUUACUCAUAGAGGUAAGAUGCAGCAGCAGCAAAUAAGUUGAUUCGCGUCAGGGAGGCUCUUGCAAUGACUUCUCUCUGUGGCCUUGUAAGACUGCAUGCUCCUUGGAGCAGAGACCUGUCUUUAUUAUUAUUGUAAUAUAUUUGAGUGCUGUAUGCAUUGAUGUCACUAAUAAGUACACAUAUCUGUUAUCUGCACAACUGAUAUCCUAGCAUGAGCUGUUUGCAUUUUGUAUUAUGCAUAUGUGUCAAAGCUUAAACUUGGUAUUCUGUAUGAAUCUAUAAGAAGAGCUGUUGCCGCUUGGCAAGGGUAUAAAUUAUGCACAGUGAAGAGCACUCCCUUCUGUGUCCACCAAAGAUUGAGCACUGGUGACUUGUGGGCAAGCAUUUCUGUUGCUAUUUUAUAGUGCCUUUGCAUUUUAUUAUCUGGGGUACGUCUGAAGCUGAUUCAGAGCAGCUUCCAAACUGCAACACAGUUGUUUUUUAUGGCAGCACCGCUGAACAUAUUUUCAUUUCAGUGGCAACAUGAAUGGAUGCAAGCAAGCUUUAUAAAUUGCUGUGCCUGGAAAUUGAAAAUGGUUAAGCACACACCAAAAUGCAGAAGUUACUGGAUGUGUAUGCAAAUCUACUUUUGCUUUCAGAAUUCAUUAUACAGGAAAAUAUGAGUGCAUCUUUAACCCCCGGCGUGGCAGUUCCUGAAACCAAAGUUACAGAAUUAAUCAGAAUUAAAGCCUUUGGAGCUGCAUAAGUGCUCCAUUUGACAAGGUUUUUUACCAUUGUUUUGAGGAGGUUAUGGAAUUGAUAGGCUUUCAACACAGGGUUGGGGUAGGCAUUAGAAAGUCUCAGAUUGACUUGUUUCUAGGAGGGGUUUGGCCUUAAGCCAGGUGGGUUAGGACCCACAACUGAAUCGUGUGCUCCAUCCUUAUGGCUGGUUGCUUCCCUAACAGUAACAUUAAUUUUUUAAAGGUCUAUGUAAGGAGAAUAACAGAGUGGGAAAGAACAGGACUUGUUCAGUGUUGUCUGGAUAAAAGACCCCAGGUCUGUAAAGACUUGACUGCUGAUUCCAGCUGUUGUUCUAAACUUGGCUAAAACUUGUACAAGAUUUUCCUUUGAGUGAGGGGUUAAACUUUGAAAUCAAAGGAGUCGAGAGGCCCAAAGUGACUAGGAGUGUUCCAUUCUGUUUAAAUAAAUAAAUAAAUAAAUAAACAAGGCCCUUUCCUAAACUGGAAAGGUUGAAAGGCUUUACCAUGUUGAUCAACAUCUGAAUGUUUCUUCAACAACAUGAAACCUUAGUAAUAAUUCCACUUGGUCCAGUGAUUGUGUUCAUUUCAUGGAACUCUCAACAGCUGAAGCUCUUUCUCUCUCUCUCUGCCUCUGUUUCCAGCUCUGAUUAUCUGAGAUCAGCUGACAUGACUGAGGUGAUGAGCGCUCCAUCUAUGGACGAGAUUGGCUUAAGUCCCCGCAAGGAUGGCCUGUCAUACCAGGUAUGUUUCCUCUGCUUCAUAGAACACUGUUAACCAGCAGAAUCUGUUGGGAGUAGAUGGUGAUGCCUUUUCAACAGGCUGACCUACCAGCCUGAUUCUCUGCAUGCUUACUUAGGAGUAAAACCUCAUUGACUUAUUUUCAAGCUAGGGAUGUGGAACACUUGGCUGGGGUGGAAGUAAAACGUUUGAGGCUCAAGUAACACUUUGGGCAGCCUGGAAUAAAGUCACUACACCUAAGAUCUUAAUCCAGCACAGGUUACAGAAUGCUUAGAUUGCAUUGAAAUGAAUGGAGUUUAAGCACAGUGCUCAGCUCUCCACUGCACUGUGGCACCUUUUCACACAAUUCAUGUCCUAUUAUCUAUGUUAAGUUAGUUGUCUCAAGUUUUCAUCUAAAUCAGGCAUCCCCAAGCCGCUUCUGGCACAAUGGAACACCAUGGUGGGAGCCAGAGCACACAGAAAUGCUGUUUACCAUCCUGCCGCAGCGGUACCUAUUUAUCUACUUGCACUGGUGUGCUUUCAAACUGCUAGGUUGGCAGGAACUGAGACAGAGCGAUAGGAGUUCACCCCGUAGUGUGGAUUCGAACCAACCAACCUUCUGAUUAGCAAGCCCAAGAGGCUCAGUGGUUUAGACCACAGCGCCACCUGCUCCUAAGUGGGAAGACCUAGUCCAGGCAUAGGCAAACUUGUCCUUCCAGCUGUUUUGGGACUACAAUUCCCAUCAUCCCUGACCACUGGUCCUGUUAGCUAGGGAUGAUGGGAGUUGUAUUCCCAAAACAUCUGGAGGGCCGAGUUUGGGGGUGCCUGAUCUAAAUGAUCCACUCUUCUGGCAGCUCACAUUUGAACACACUACUUAGGCAGCAUCUGAUGUUAACACGUAUGUCUUGCAAGGCCACGACAUGAAACACAGCAAGGUUUACCUUAAUUUUGUAAGAGAAAUCUGGGAAGGUCUUGUCACAGUACAGACACUCUACUUGCUUUGUUUUUGAUGCAUCAAGGUAGAUUUUAAACUUGCCAGUGCCAGAAGGCAAACUGUUCACAAUGAGGCUGAGGAGCAAUGGUGAUGAGUCACACAAUAUCACAGAGAUCUCAUUUAUGGUGUGUUUGCAAAACCCACCAAAUAAAAUGAUAAUUGGAAGUCACAACAGAUGUUACAAAUGCUUGCUUUGGUUACACACAUGCUAUGGCUAGACCCUUUGGAUUCUUUCAGGGUGCCUAAACCACUGUCUGUGCUUAUCCUACUUAACUGCCUACAGCUUUGCAAACAAACAAACAAACAGAAACAUGGGCUGCUGGCAGUAGUGAGUGUAAGAAAAGCCACAUUGGAACAUUGCUUGCAUUUACUUAUUUUAGCAUCCAUUUGGUUUUGCAUAAGGGCAAACUUGGAUUCUUUCCAAGCUCACCCGUCAGCUGGACAUGAAGGAGAAGCCAGAUGUGAAUUCACUGAUGAUACAGAUGAGCUUAAAAGUGGCACUGGAUAUGGGUUGUCAUGUGAUGCUUGCUAGGAAUGAUGACUCAGCAUCCUCCUUAGGUCAAGGGCAAUUUUUCUUCAUUGUAAGAGGAGCCAAGCGGCAGCAUCGCAGCAGGCAUUGAGAAUCUUGGCUCUCCAGAUGUGGACAAACUACAACUCCCAUCAGCCCCAGCAAGCAUGGCCAGUGAUCAGUGAUGAUGGGCGUUCAGCAACAGCUGGAGGGCCAAAGGUUCCCCACUUACUUUGCAGCAUUUCAGUCUCCUGUAGGUUUGUUGCUAUUAUUUCAUAUGUUGGGAUUCUAAUGAAGAAACUAGACAGGCUUUGAGUGCUUGAAUUAUAAUCCUCCCAACAUGAUGCUGGUUUUUUUUGUGGGAGAGGGGAGCAUUGUCCCACUGAUUGUAAAAAGAAAAAGCAAAAAAAGGUUACAACCAAGAAACAAAUAUUUACAUUGCACAGGGCAAUUGCAGAUGUCAUCAUUCCCUGGAAUGACAGCUGCAAACCCAAAAGCAAAACAGGAAGUAGCUGUCGGAUGAAGCACCUGUUGUCCUGGGGCUUUGGAGUUACCAUUACAUUUGAACUAGCAGCACUCGGAGUAGAGAUUGCCACAGUGGACAUGUAGGCUAACAGUUGCUAACAGAAAUCUUAGGAAUGCCCUGUCCAGGGAGGCUCACCUGGCACCAACCCGGGCCUUUUUGGCACUAGUCAUAAAACUUUUUCUUUGCCCAGGCACUUCUAAAUUCUGUUUUUAAACAGGCACGUUUUUGUCCUUGCAUUUUAUUUCUGUAUAGUCCGCUUUUAAAGACACAAAUACUCUCAGGGCAGCUUAAAAGUAGCGUAGGAAGCUGCCUUUUGCAGAGUCAGAAUCAGACCUAGUUUGGCUUUGUCUACACGGACCUGCAGUUGCUCUCUAGGGUUUCAGACAAGAGGUCCUUCCCAGCCCUGCCGGAAAACACCAGGGCCUGAAACUUUGGCCCUUCUGCACUCAAAGCAGUUGCUCUACCCCUUUCCUGAAUUGUUUACUUGGAAGUAAAUUUGAAAUAAAAUACUUCAAAGAAUUCAUUAGGAAUGAAUUUCCAGGGCAGCUGGUAUAUUGUUCUGAGGGGUGAAGGGAGGUCCUAAUUCCCUCUUUGCUUGCCUCCCUCAUUCUUUCACCUGGCUCUAAUUUGAUUUCAGUUUUAAAUAUCCAUAGAACUAUCUUUACUUUUUCUGCCUUUUAAUUUAUGAUAACCGGGGGUUGAAGGGUAGAGCCUAAAACUUAUGUAUGAAUGAAUAAAGUCACUUUGAUAAGCUGCCCCCUGGAAAAUGGUAGGCCUGCAUUUUCUCCAGCCUACCUUGUCCGCUCACCAAGAAGUCAAAAGUGAAAAUCCCCUACUAAGCUACUUAAGAUUAAAUGGCUUUGACUGGCCUUCUCCAAGUUGGUGCCCUCCAGGUGGUGGCUGGACAACCAUUCCAGCUGGGGCAGGUGGGAGUUGUAGUCCCAACAACCACCUGAAAGGCACGAGGUUGUGGAGGGCUGAUAUUUUGUGAGGGUUAUGGCCAAAGUUUGCAUGUGGACGAAACGAGAACCUGCUCUCAUCUUUUCCUGGCAGCUGUGUUAAGUCCUCAGUCUUUGAUAAUCUAUUUGGAGGGUCAAUAUGUACCUUGGGGCAUAUCCAGAUGGCUCAAACCUCUGUAAUUGGUGGCACCUUUCCAGUGCCAACAUGUACAGUGCUUAAGUUCUCAAGUGCUGUUUGGCUGCCAGUGGCUAUGAUGAACUGGAUCAGAAUAGGACCACAGGGGUCUAUGCAGGCUUCACCUGGCCGCUGAUGUUCUGUGGGGGAAUAUACUCAACCCCAUUCCCAGCUUGCGUGCUGCAGUACCCCCAAGAAGUAGCUAAAUCUCCCAUUUGGACAUCUGUGCCUUCAGUUUUCACACUUGACUUUGUGCAGUCUCUGCAUUGCUAACUAUGACUUCUCACAAUGUCCCACAUACAGACAUUGACAAAUCUGCACUUUUCCUUUUCCAUUUUUAAAGACUUUGGCUUCUCCUGGGCUGUUUUUGGUGUGGUUUUUUUUUUAUGUGCAUUUUUUCAACUCAGAAACUCUGCUUAAAACUUUUUGGGACAUUUUCACUUCAAUUCUAAAGAUUGCUGUAAGGUUCAUGCUGGUUUCUCUAUUUAGUAAACUAGAAAGUCACAUGUUCUCCCACUCACCCAAAUAGAAGUGGAGAUUCUUUCUCUUUUGGGUAACAGAUGGGAUGGUGAACCCUGUGACCCUCCCUCCUCUCGGACCAUUGGCUGAGGCUGAUGGGAGUUGGGGGCCAAUGACACACCUGCAAGGCAUCCCAUUGGCUUCCCUUUGCAGUAAAGCAAUAAUUCCUGUUUCCAAAUGCAGGAAUGCAGGUUUUUCUUUUGCUUCUGUAAGAGAUGUGCAGUGUCCUUCCUGUUUUUGCUAUCUCGGUUUAUUUGUGGAAGCACCAACAUUGAUCAUUUACUCUUAAGUUUCCUAUUAAUCCAGACUUGCUGAAAUCCAUAUCUUGUGUGCCCACAAACUUGAAGGGCCCAAAUAUUGUCGUACUUGUACCUUUUUUUAAAAAAAAAAACAUACGCAGCAUCUCUGGCCAAUUCCAUUGAAAUGGCUUGUGGCAAUUAGUGCUUGUAGUAAUUUUCUCCCAUUUAUAUCCUGCCUCUUUUUCUGUCAUGGUGUUGGGGAGAAUGGUUUGGCACAGCUUUCUUCCAAACAUGCUGUCUUUCUAAAUUCAGGGGUGGUUUUUAAACUGGGGAACAUGCAAAUGUGCAGUGGCCGCCUAAUGGCAGUCUGGAUUAACAGGGUCUACCAGGGAAAAGGAGUAAAGGUGUCAGUCUAGCUGCACAGUUGACCACUUCAUUAACCAUUUUUGCACAUUACCUGCACAUAGGGCAUAAUGGUGCUUAUGUGGAGCAGGGUUAUGCUUUUACCCCUCAAGUCUCCUGCCAACAGCCACACAUUGCCCACGGUUGUUUGACAAGAAACCCCAAUGUUUGGGACAAAAACAUGAGUAGGUCUAUUGUCUAUUUAAAAGAAUCCCCAGCCCUUCUGCAAAAUAAGUAGCAAGUAAACAUGGGGUUCCAGGAAGUGUACUGACCUUCUGCCUUCUUUGUUUACGAGGGUGGAUAGUUGGUAGGGUAUUUGCACUCCCUUGAGCUUUGAUCAUGCCUCAGAAUGCAUCUGAGAGAGUGGCAAAAGGGAACGUCUAUUUUUUGGAGUGAUUUCAGAUGUCCCCUAAUUCCUGCAAGAAUAAUAAAACCGCAAGUCUUCUAACUAUGUCAUCCACUAAAUGGACUGAUGUCCAGACGAAGGCUUGGUUUGUUUUCAGCCUGUUGAACGUUGAGCAGCCUAGUUUGGUCUUCUGAGUCCGCCUUCCCCUUUGACUGCAUUGUGGUUUCUUACUCCUUGGAAAUGCUUAAUCACCACUUUGCAUGUUCACUCUGUUAAUGUCAUUUGACUGCAGAGCUAAUAACUGUUUGAAACUGAGGCUGGUUAAGAACUAAAUUAAUCAUUUUACUAGCCUGCUGUCAAAACAAUGCCUUGACUUCAAACUUUAAAAAAAAAAAUAUCCUGCUGGAAUGGAAUUUGAACUAAGGGCCAUUGAAACAAAUUUCAAGUUGUGUCAGCUGUGCCCGGCAAACAAUAUGACUAACUUUGGAGGCAAGUGUUCUGCUUUUUGUGCUCAGAUUGCCUUGAACAGCUGGUUAACUAAAUCCACUGACUCCGCAGGGAAUGAGCAUUCAAGACCAGCUGAUGGCACAAGCGACCCAAGUGGUAAGCAGCAGUUGUGCCCCAAAAUAAUUUCCUGUUUUGCAGAGCAUGUUGGAGUGAUUCCUCUCCUGUGUGCUGUGCAAGGAGCAAGAGCAUUCCUUAAAUGUGGAAGUAGCCCUGGGAUGGACACCCUGGUUGGACUGCAUGGUGCAUUUGUUUGGGAGCAGUACAUUCCUUGGGUUGGCCUUGUGGCUGUUUCUAAAUGGUGUGUGAGGCUGGCUUGCACAACUAGGGAUCCACCAUGCCCAAACCUUUCACCUGCCAAGUGCUUGAUAACCACCAUGUGCUUGCCAUCUCAGCCAAGUGGCAAAAUCUCAAGCUUUUUUCCCAAGUUCUGAUGGGCUGCUGCAUUUGGCUUGGUGGAUCAUAGGCCUGAUGUUGGGACCCCAGCUGUACUGCCAGCAUUUAGGAAUGGGAAUCCUGUGGGCCUCCAAACCUGGUUGGACUACAACUCUCAUCAUCCUUGACAGCUGGCCAUGCUGGCUGGGGUUGAUGGGAGUUGUGGUCCGACAGCCUCUGGACCAGGCAUAGGCAAACUCCUGCCCUCCAGAUGUUUGGGACUACAAUUCCCAUCAUCCCUGACCUCUGGUCCUGUUAGCUAGGGAUGGUGGGAAUUGUAGUCCCAAACAUCUGGAGGGCUGGAGUUUGCCUAUGCCUGCUCUGGGCGGUCACAGGUUCCCUACCCCUGUCAUGGCUGGGCAAAAGGCACUGCUAUGCCGCGCUGCUGUAGGACUUGCUGGUUACACGGACAAUGAAGUCGGUGGUGCAGUUCGUUAGAUGCCUUUUAAAUUCUCUCCGGUUGUUUUGGAUUCCUUAUUAGCAUAGCUUGUUUCCUUGCAGUGCAGUUUUGCACUGCAGAUGAGCUCUUUUGGUUUGUACUUGAGCAAGCUCGCGUACAGCAAGCCUUUUUGUGGUUGUUAAAACAUUUUCCACUCUUGGUGCCAAGUUCAGUCAACUCUAGAGGAAGCAGCAGGGGGGUGGGGCUGGGGGAGAGGAGGGUGUCACCUGGCACAGACGAAGCAGAUGAUCUUCAAGUUUAGAGCUUCAAUUUCAGUUUGAUUUUGAGGCAUUGGGCAAGAAAAUAAAGUAGUUUUGUGUUUGCCUGAGUUGAGUUUUAGGCCAAAGCAAACUGUUGUUCCAUCAAUGAAGAUCUUUUCAGAUUUUGGCUAGGUAGCUAACUGCUUGGAGUGCUCUUGUAGCUGAAAAGCAGGAUAUAAAUAACUGAAUCAGAGAACUGUGAAGCUGUCAGGGACCCUCAGGGGCCAUCUAGUCCAGACCCUUGCAAUGCAGGAUUCACAGGCAAAGAAUUACUGACAAAUGGCCACCUUAUCUCUGUUUAAAAACUUCCAGCGAAUGAGAGUUUGCCACCUUCUGGGGUAGCCCAUUCCACUGUUGAAUAGCUCUUAAGGUCAUAUAUUCCUAAUGCUUGGUUGAAAUCUUCUAAAUAAACUUUUCAAAAGGCAUUCUGCUACUGUUUUUGAGAUGCAAAAUGGUUUUCUACAUACUGGGCUCCAUUUGUUUAUCACUGCAGCAAUAAGAUACCCAACAAACAUUUCCUCUGUCCUUAUUGGUGCUUUACUAAUGUGUAGAUAGUUUUGGGUGGUGUAAUGGUUAGAGUAUCAAACUGGGGCUUGGGAGACCAGGGUUCAAAUCCCCACUCAGCCAAGCUGCUCACUUGGGGCCAGUCACUGCUUACCUACCUCACACAGUUAUAGCAGGGAUUAAAUGAGAACACCUUUAUGCCACCUUGAGCUUCUGGGAAAAGACGGUAGGAUAUAGAUGAAAUAAAUACAUAAGUGAGAAGGGUGACUGAGCAGACAUGGAAGUACGAUGUGCUUGACCAGGGCAACCCUAUAUGAUCCUAGCUUCCAUAUGUGGGAGCUGUUUUUGGCAACUGUCACAAGAGCACAGUAAAAGUCCCAGGUGGGCAUCUGGUACCGAAAUGACUUGUUUCUGUGUUGUGUCGAAGAAAAUGAAAAACUACCUGAAAUGCAGUUCAGGAAAGGAAUCUUCUUUUGCUUUAUCUGGCUCCUAGUUUGUAGCAGCUGGCUGUUCGUUUGCAAGCAAAUGCCUUUCAUGGCUUAAGGAUUUCCUUGCUAGAUGAGAUCAAAGGUCCUCCUGCUGCCCCAUGCAGUCUCCAGAAGUGGCAAGCCAGGGGUUGCUGGAACCUCAUAGUUGGGGCACCACAAAGGUGCUGCCCAUCUCGUCAUUAUUUCUAGUGUUGCUUCUUCUGAACAAGAUUCCAUUUAGCUUUCGCAGCCAACAGACACUGGUGGAUCUGUCCUGUGUGGCUUACUUCAGUGUUUCCCAAACUUGGAUCUCCAGCUGGUCUUGGACUACAGUUCCCGUCUUUAACAACUGGUCUUGCUAGAUAGGGAUGAUGGGAGUUGUAGUCCAAAAACAGCUGGAGACCCCAAGCUAUGUGGAAAGCUGUGGCCAUCAAAGAAACUGCUUAGGCUCGUAAUCCUAUUCCCGGUUAACUCUAAAUGCAGUUUGGCCUGUAAAGAAUAUAGUCUGAACAUAGAUAGUCUGGCUUCUACACCAAAUAAAUAUUUGCACACCAAGUCCCACAUGCUAUGUAAAUAGCUGUGAUGCAAACCUGAAAUGGAUAGCAUGAAUGCAGGCUUUGAGUUCAAGGAUCUGCUCAGCUAGCCUUGUAAAUAAGCCCAGAAAAGUUAACAUGCUGCAGCAUUUUUACUGGCCUGACAAGAGGAGAAUCAAAAGUUGCGUUUCUAUGCUGGGCACCAAGUGGGAGGGGGGUUCCCCUCUUUUCGAAGCCUGCUUGGUUUCUAUGCUGGGUGCAGUGGAGGGACGAAGGCCUCCUCUUUCUCCUCCUCCUUCAGCAUGCUCACUCGCCUGCACAGAAUUCCAUGCACACACCUGCAUGCAAUUUAUGGGUGCCUGUGGCUACCAGGCUAGCACUUAUAUGCAAGGCUGUGCUCAGUAGCAGGAACAUGUCUCUUUCCAUCCCGCCCUGAUAUACUCUUUCACCUCUGGCAUUCCAAAGGAUCCGAACACAUUAUUUCUCUACUGCUAUCAUGGGAAAGUCUUCCUUGCCAGGCUGCUAUUCAGUCACUGGCUUGCAUUUAUUCUCUGAUUGGUUUCCUUGAUAGCCCAAGAGGCUGUUGUGUAUUGGGACAGCUGUAAGUGUGCCUGAGUCCCUAGGGAUGGAAAUCUACCUCUUGUGUAAAGAGGAGAGAGCAGAUAGCAUCUCGUGGAUGUGGAUAAAAGUGUCUUCCUGCAAAGCCUCUCUCUUGUUCCUUUGUUCCCACAGACAACCUUGUCUCGUUUCCUUGUCUGUCAUGUGCUGGGAAAUGUGACUUCACUUAUUUUCCAUUGGGCCAUCCCUAAUCCUUGAGUGUAAUUGCAACAACUCAUUUUUAUGCUGCCUUGAUUAUUUUUAAAAAAGCAUGAGUUAGUGGAAAAAUCCCGACCUCCUCUGUUGCAGCUGCUUGGAGAUAAGAUAGUUCAUUCUAUUUAAAAAGGAGGGAGGAAAAGCACAGUAAGCACAACACGUUUAAGGGAUGUUUAUUUAAGGAAAUCAUUUAUUCCUUAGUUUUCAAGGGGGUGGGCGGAAGCAGACAGUUUAUUUCCAAAACAGCUAUUCUGGCUUGACCUAAUGUACCUAACAUGACAGUGAAUGCUUAUUGCUCUGGUGUUUCCUGCACUGCUGUUAACUAUAAGCAUCAGCUUGGAAUACUUUUGUUUCCCCCCAUGGAUGCCCUAAAUCAGUGCCAAAGCUCUUUGCUGAAUUUUAAGACUGCAGUCAGUUAAUAUUGCAAGUCCUGCAUGACCCACAAGACACAUACUGUCUUGUGUAUGGGGGAAGAUUUUCUAAAGUGGGGGUGGGGACCCCCUGGUGUUGCUGGACUAUGAUUCCCAUCACUCCUGACCACUGUCCAUGUUGGCUGGCGCCCGACCACAUCUGAAAGGCCACAGAUUCCCUGUCCCUGCUGUGCAGCUGCACAAUUUUAUUGAUAUUUAUUUAUGAAUCUCCUUUCACAAGUCUGUCAAGGUGAUUUACAAACACACCAUGGAAAUGGCUAAGACUAAUUCUUGAAAAUAUCACCAGAAACAGCUGACUAUAGGCUUAAAAACCACGGAAAAUGAACACCAGGAGAAACCUUUUUUUAUCUAUGCAGAAAAGCUUGUCCAAACAAAAGUGCCUCCAAUUAAUUCUGCAAAAUGCAGGUAGUGGGCACCAGUCUUAAGCACCACCAGGAGGGCAUCCUUGCCAAAGACACUGCCUGGAGUUUCUGUCGAGGGAGCUUCUGAUAAUUUGGGGACUUGAAGGUGAAUUUCCUGUAGAAUGCGAGGACCUACUGGGUACACAAGGGAUAAGGUGGGCUCUCAAGUAACCUGGUCCUGGUCUAGUAGCAAAACCUUGAACGUGGCCUGGAUUGGCAGCCACAGAAAAUCCCUCAGACAAAGUGUUAUGUGCUGGCAAGUAGUUUGGAAGCACAUUGCUGGCUGCAUACUCACAAGCACUGUGUCAAUAGGCUGCAAAAACUUGACUGAUUCCACAAAGCACAGCUUGAUGGAGCACCGGGAAAGCCCACAUGGAGCUGCAUCAGCUGUGGCGCCUGGCUCACUGAUGGAGGCAAACAACUUUGUCUUUAAGGUGCCCAUCAAGUGAAUCCCCAUCAUCUCCAGGUAGGAGUAGGAGAGCUGCUACCGAUACUAAGCUCUUGUCUGACUAGGCAAGGCAGCUUUUUAUCUUCCUAGGACUUUGGCUGCAGGCUGGCACUCUUCACUUUGCAGCCCAGAUUCCGCUGCUUUCUCCCCAGGAGUCCUGAAGUUUUGUAAUUGGCCAGCUUCCUUGUGCGAUGAAGAAAAGGGGGGCUCUGUUGAUGGAGCCUCCUUUGUCUUAGGCCGCAGGUAGGAAUCUUCUUGUUGGCCUGCAUCCCCCAUCAGCCUGAUGAUACCCAGGCCAAAUACCUCCUCCAAAUUGCAGACAGGGAAGUUUUGGCUGGCUCUGGGAGCAGCAAGCAGGUCGUUCAGCUUAGGAAGUCCACCGUCCACUUUCCUUGUACCUUGACUGUUCCCUUGCAGACUCUGGUGAUAACAGGCAGCAGGAUCCAAGGGGAAAGAACCGAGUGAGGUCUUGUAUUUUGAGUUGCCAUAGCAUAGAUAUGAAAAAUAGAAAGCCCUGAAGCCCUGCGAUGGGGCAGAGCAGAACAGGUUUGUUCUGAAGGAAAAGAAACGGGUACGGUUCUGUUGUGUUGCGGAAUGAGGCAGAUUUCCUCGACAUCUGGGAAAUACUAAUUGGAGCAGAGGAAAGUUGGAUCAGCUUCCGUGUAGCACAGCUGGAAAGACUGGUGUUCAUCAUGGGACUGGCCACGGGCAAGAAUGCAACACAUUGGAAAGGAGGGUGGCACAAACUGCUUAGAAGGAAAACUUAUUCCUAGCUUGUAUUCCUACUUGUAGAUGUUAGAGACUUCAGACUAUCCCUACUACCUGCUGAAAUAAUGCAUGAGGGAGCUGUGUGGGCCAGUCUUUUGUGCAAGCACACAUGCAGGCGGCAAGAGCAGAUGGGAAUACUCUGUAUUCUUGAGCUUGUGACAAGUACCAGAGUUGAGUGGUGAACUUUUCACACUACUUGGUCGUUAGGUAUUCUUAAGAUUCUUCUGGAAGCUUUAGGGUCAGCAUUCAAAAUUUGGCAGGCGCAUUUUGCACCUGGCUAUCGGUCACUUGUGAUGAAGUGAAGAUGCCUGGGGGCCAGGAUGAAACCUGAUAUCAUCCCCCAUCUGGAAGUGCAUGCCUGGGAUCCUGGGAUCUUGCCUGUUUUCACACACAAACAACAUAUAUUGUAGAAUUGUAUCUGUGAUGUUUUAUUUGCACAAUCGGAACGAAUUUCAGGAACCAAAAAGUUGUAUUGAAAAGUACCACUAGCUUGUGUAUCUGUUUAGGGCCCAAUGUAGAGCUGCUUUCGCUAGGUGCGUUCAAGAGAAGGGCCACCCCAUGCAAGCUUGUCCUUCACCAGAAAACCUGUUUUGGGGCUAUUCUAAUACAGUUUGAUCAGAGGCAGCCUCUAAAUUGCAUCAGCCCAGUUCGGGAUAGCUUAGUUUUGUAUAUGAAUGCAAUAUUAACCAUUCCAUAUGAGCAACAAAUUAUUAAACAAAGCCUUUAAAAAUUAGAAAAUGUUCAAAAAACAAACCAUAAUUUAGGGUGCAUUCACACAUGCAAAUCAUCACUGGGGAGCUGUAGUCAAAAGUCAUGAACUCGCAUGUUUCCAUGGGACCAUCAGAACUUUGAUACUAUUCCAUAUUACCAAGAACACAAAUGUUUUUCAGUGGUGUCCAUUCAGUCAUAAUGUUCAUCUUGUAUGUAUUGGAAUAUUUCAGACAAGUUCUGUGUAGGACACACGUUGGAUUUCAAUUUAAUUAAGAUCAGGUUGGGUACGGAUUUGUAUGCAUCGGCAAUCUCCCCAUCUCAACUGUUCAGUGUGGGAAGAAGUUUAAAGAUGAUUCUAUUCACUGAAACGCCUGAAGAUGCAUUGCAGCUGGUCACAUUACGAGCUAGCCAAUAGCUUGAAGCCAGGUUUCACCCAAACAACACUUGCAGGACAGAUCGGCUUGCCUUAGAUCAUUUGUGUGGUUUACUGAUCAGAUGGUUGGUUUUUGAUGUGGCAGACCUAGGUUCAAAAUCUUCUUCAGCCAUGAUGCUCACACUUGGAUCACCCUGGACCAAGGCACUGCCUACCUCACAGUUAUGAGAAAAAGAGAUGAGAAUGUCAAGCAUACCUCACAAUACUACAGAAGUGCUGACUAUUGUAAAUCUUUUUGUUUUCAGAUUUUCCCUGACCCUUCAGACUACGAUCGUUAUUGCAAGCUGAAGGACCGUCUCCCUUCCAUUGUAGUCGAACCAACAGAAGGGGAUGUGGAGAGCGGAGAGCUAAGAUGGCCGCCUGAGGAGUUCCUGGUCCAGGAACAAGAGGAAGAAAACUGUGACGAAGCAAAGAAAGAGAGCAAGGAGCAAUAGAGUCUUCUGUACGACUUAAGAUGCCACGUCAUCUUGAGGGGGGAAGAGAACCACAACUGUUUUGAAAAGUCUUUUUUUCUACAAAAGACAUUCAAAUUUUGCACCUGCAAAAAGAUCUUAGUUUUUUCAUAUUCUCUAUUGAGAACUGAAGCGCUUGACAUGACAAUCUCCAAAUGAAAGCAAGGAAGGCAGUUGUGCCGUAAUGGAAGGGGGACGGCUGCUCUCCUCAAGAUCUCUGUUGAAUUUUGUUAAGGUUAUCUGGGGGUAGCCGUGAAAUUGCAGGGCGCUUUGGUGGAGGAUCAGACGGGCAGGAAACACGCUUUUUUUCUGAAGUGUGUGGGGUGGAAGAAAUGACUGCAGAUGUGUAAAAUGCAGCUGCCUCUGGCUAUAAAAGCAUGAGGCUAGUAUUCAUCUCUCAAAACUUUGCCUUCUUAUAGUGCUUUGGUUUUUGGUUUUUUGGUGUGUAUGUGUGUGUGUUGUGGAUUGAGAGGUAUGAUAACAUGCCACUGAAAUGCUCCGAUGACAGUAGAGUAUGGCAGGUCUUCCCUGCUGAACAUCAUCGAGGAGCAACGGAUAAAUAACGUUACCCCGUUCAGUAUCUUUUCUUAAGUCGCACACCCUGUUGGGAAUGUUGGUGUUUGGCACGUGCUAGCCCAGCCUGUUGCAGACAAAAGCCAUCUUCGCCUCCCCCCCUCAGCCCCCUCUUAAAAUAUGCAUUUAAAUUCUAACCCAAAUGGGUCUUGUAACCAUGAUAAAGAUAUUAACUGACGUACAUUUAAAUCUUACAGCAGUGAAUCUUUUCAUUGGCACAGUGCCGAUGACUUUACAAAAUGGUCCCUUUGCCACUUUUCUGCAAUAGCUUUGUUUAUCCUGCACAUGGUAAAAAACAGGUUGAGUUUGAUUUUCCUUUCUUUCUUUUUUUUAAAAAAAAACUUCAAUAGAUUUUUGCCAUAAAAUUAUUUUCCGGGCACCAAAGCUGCUGUUAAGUCUCCCAUCCAGAAGUACCUCUAGUUGGGUAUGAGAUACCAGCUUUUCUAGUGGCAUUGAGGGAUGUGUGUAGUUUAACUAUUUUCAUAAGCUGGAUGAAGAGCUCACUUUGUGACAGCGCAUAAUCUUUGUCCAACAGAUGCAGUGAACCCUAACAGAGCUUUGGAGAUGAUCUGAAGUUAGUUUUAACAGAAGUAAUAAUUGAAGGAAAGCAGGUCUUCUCUUCAAAGAAACAACAACAAAAAAGUAUUAUGGUCUCUCAGUAUUCUGGAGAAGAUAAUAUGCUUUUUGAACAUAUCUGAGCUUUUAUUGAUGGGCAGAAGCUUGUUCCCAAGAUCUAAAUUCCUAGCAACAGCUGCCGCUGUGCUGUUUUUGUCCUAUCUAUCCUCUUAGGAUGUGGAGAACAAAUUGCAGGAUAAGCUAAACUUGCUGCUUUCUAAGAAAGCAGAAGUCUUGACCACUUGAUGGAAGUCCUUCCUGAGACUUCACAGUAUAAAAGGACCACUCUUGAGAAAUGAAAAGCCAAUCGUUUCCAUGUUUAAUUCUGGAGACACUAAAAAGAUGUAAUAAAUGCGCAUCAUGGCCUUAACAAGAUAUUCAGAACAACCCCUAGUCUUGCAUGUCCCUUGUUUAUCGCCUCCGUACCUUCUUUCUUAAAUCUGUUGGGACUUUGUGUAUAUAUUUGUAUUAGAUACCUCAUGAGUAGUAAAAACGCUGGUAAGGAGUUAGGGAAUUUGCUUGUUUAAAAUCAGCAGGAUUAAUCCCUCCCACCCCCAGUCUUUGUCUUGCUUGUGUUUUCAACAUAAUGGCAAUAACUUUUUAACAGCUGUGAGUCAUUGUUACAUGUGGGCGUGAGGUUGCCUGAGUGUUUUUUAUUAUUAUUAUUAUUGUUGUUAUUAUUAUUUUAAGCAUAAUAUAGGGAUGUAGUUGGUGUUCCUCUGUAUUCUUUUGGCAGCCAAGAACUUGUCACACAUGUACUACCUAUCUUGGUUAACAGUUUUGUCAUCGCUGAAACCUGUCUUGCAUCAUUUCCUAGUCCAAGGUUGCUUUAAAACCAAUGGAUCCAGAUGUUUUUCGGUCUUGUAUGCUGGACAUCUGUUCUCGUCUUGCUGUUCAGUAGAAUGAGCUGUGAUACCUGCACACCAGCCUGAACUCCCUAGUUUUAUCUCCAAAAAGUUAUAUCUUGUUUUGUUUGCAGAUUUUGGUCCCAAGUUUUGAAGCUGUCAAAUGUAAACCACUCAAGGCGAGCAAAAAUCCUUAAUGCUUAAAAGAUCAGAGUGGAAAUGCUGUUUGUCUUUAAAUAUUAGCAUAUCCUUUUUGCGCCUCUCUUUUUUUAAUUGUUGCUUGUAUUUCUGUCAUUUUUGAAUGUGUCUGAAGAACAAAGCACUCCAGUUGAAUUUCUCCUGUUGUAUAUUACAUUCUAUAUUUCUGUAAAGUUCUUUUUUGAGCCUCAGGGAAAAAAAGCUUGCAUUUUUUUCAGACUACUUUUGUCACUGUGACAGUUGUAAAUAAAGUUUGAAAAUGCUUUCCAAA